CAUUAGUAUUGGUGAACAUACAGAAAACGUGAAACAUAACCAUAUCUAUGGAAUAUUGUUCAUUUUGAAUCAUUUUCAUUGAUUUUACGAAAUAUAAAUUAAAAUUCCGUGUGAUUUGUCAAGAAUUCUACUCGAAAUGUCGAAGUUUGUAAAUGUGACAAAGUAUGCAAAACUUGUGAACGCAAACAGCGAAUAUGGUCGUCGCAUGAAGCAUUUAUCGAAUCGAAUUUUCGGCGAAGUAACCAGACCAACGACCAGCCAAAGUAUGAAAGUUGUACAAAUGUUCCGUGAAGAGCCGCUGUAUCUACGCGAUAAUGUGAUUAACUACUAUCCACGGCACAUUGAAAUGGGUCAAAUGAUGUUACGUCUCCGUGAAUAUGGUUUAUUCCGUGAUGAGCAUGCCGAUUUCCGAGAAGAAUCAAAACGUUUGAAAGCACUCAGAGGAAAGGGUCCACCACCGCGUAAAACCAAAGAAGAAGGCAAACGAUGGAAGAAGAAACAACAAAAACUUGCAGAAGAGGCCGAAGCGGCUGCAAAAAAUGCUUAAAACUUAUAUAGUCGAUAUUGAAUCGUUGCUUGACACAUAGAAAUUUCAAAUUUGAUUAAAUAAAAUCAAUUAAAGUAUGAAAACA